UUGUGGUUUUGAAUCCAGCGGAGUGUGUUUGUUUAAUUGUUCUGUGAAUGCGUUAUUAACCUGAAAGGGCUGGUUUGCAGUGAUUGCAUUUUUUUUGGCUUAAUUCUCUUCUUGAUGAAAAGGAAAACGUGUGUUAAACCUGAGUAGUGUUCAAGAACCCCUUCAUUGUAGUACAUUUUUUAUUAAACUUGUGUAAAUCUGGUUUUAAUGCACCAGCUUUAACUAAGUAUACCAGACCAGCGUGGUCUACAAAAUAAGAUGAGUAUGGCAUGGCACUGGUCUUGCUGUGGAUAAAUUUAAUCCUGCCUGAUGUGUGGCGACGUUCAAUAACAGAAUGGUGCAACGCCAAACAGUGUUGUUGCUCCUCCAUCCCAGAAACCUCUCAGACCACGGAUGUUGGCUGGAAGCUGCGGGAGGCUCUAAAGCAGCAGCUGGCCAUCAUCCACGAACGCGUGGAGGCCAAGAAGCUCGCCAAGCUGGCUCUGGCCGAGGUGAGACAGCUCCUGGCCAAAGAGGAGGAGGAGAAGGAGUUGGAGCUGGGGAGGAAGGAAAUAAACGCCAGAGUGAAGGAAAGAGUGGCGACCAGGCUGAAAGAGGAAGAGGAGAAGAUAGAGAAAGAAGAGAUGGAGAAGGCUCUGGAGAAACUAAGGAAGGAAAAAGCUAAACAGGAUGGGGGAAAGGAAGACGAGAGCAAGGAGGGGAAGGAAGGGGAGAAGAAAUCAAAGAAAGGAGGGGAGGCAGAGGGGGAGGGAAAGAAAGCACAGGAGGAUGACGAGGGCAGAGGGAAGGAGUCUGCCAAAGACAAAAAGAGAAGCAAAGCUGAGAAAUCGAACAGAGGAGGCAGGAAAUGAAGUCGGGGAUAAGGUUUUAGAGAAAUAUUUUGGUCCCAUAGGAAGCCAGCGUUAACCAUUUUCAAUGCUAGGGUGAAGGUCAUGUUGGUGCUGACCAAAAUGUGUCUGUUGCACCAAAGAACUAAAAAAAACAAAAAAAGGACAUGUGCUGAAAGCUGUUAUCAAAAAUCUUAUUUUACUCAUUUAUUCCUGAUUUGGUUCAAAUUGUUGCCAAUUUUACAACCGUUCUUAGUAAAGUUCUUGUAUAGCUGUACAUAUAUUGUUUUGGUAUCUGCACCAAUAGUCUGGGAUCUAAUAAGCUCCAUAAUUUAAAGGAUUUCAGUUUAUACCCUGAGCUAUUUGGCCCGUGUACAGAUAGAGUGGUUACUAGCUGGUCCAUAUUCAUGGUGCACACAUGAGCUUAUUUGCCACCUACUUCAUAUUAUUUCACUGAAUUUAAAACUGAAAUAAUGUAAAGUACAGGCUUUAAAACCAAGUAUUGUAGGAAAGCAAUAUGUUAAUAGGCCCAGCAUCAACAACUGGACAAUAGAACAGUUUAUUUGCUGAAAGCGUUAAAGAAAAAAGUUAAGUCAGCUAGACUGUCUCGUUGUGUUUAAUUCAUAUGCAUAACAUUAAAUUUUUCACGGUCACGUAGCGAGUGGACAUCAGCUUAGUGCUGCGCAGCAUACGUGCUGUGCUGGGAAUUUGCAACACUUCUCAUUUGGAGAGAUUUUGUAGUCAACCUCCGUUGUUUUUUUCAUAAUUUUUGUCCUUUUUUAAGCUGCGUUUCCACCUAAAGUACCUGGAGCUUUUAGUCCCAAGGAACUACUUUUCAAGGAACUUUAAAGGUUCCUUCAACCCAGCGUUGCGUGCGUUUGCACCACGCUCUAAAGACCUGCGAAGAUUAGGCCGUUUUUUCUUACUCUGAGGUAUGCAUCGCACGGCCAGACAAAGUGACGGAAAGGCAUCUUUAUUUAUGCAACACUGCAACAGCGCAGUAACCAGGGAGGAGAUUCAAGUUGUGCUGCUGUUGGUCCUGAUUUAUUGGUUUGAGACGGGAGUUUUUUGGAGGUACCUGGAACUUAAUUUACAGCCUGGUCCCAGCAGUAGAAAUGCAGUGAGUUCCAUGAAAGGUUCCUAGUUCCUGGGUAAAGUUACCUGCAGUGGAAAUGCAACUUUAGGAUGAGGACAGGCUGAUUGAGAAGGACGGGAGUAGUGGGAAAGGGUACGAUUUUAAAACUGCAAGGGUCAGAAAAAGCACAGCAAGAUACUACUUCAGUGUCAUUGAUCAUGUUUUAGAUUUGAACUAGAUUGAAAAACAUUAGGGUAUCUAACCCAUUGUCUAAACAGUUUAUGGAGUUUUGUGUUACACCAUGAAAAAUGUGUUAUUUUCUUUUGUCAAUAAAGUUUCUGGAUACAUGGAAGUGUCUCUUUUCUAACCAGA